CGAAACUAGUUCAUAAUUUAAUUAGGUGGGUUGGGAAUGAUGCACCCCUCUGCCAUAUAAAAAAAAAUAAAGCACCCAUUUAGGUCAGAAAAUUAACAUAUAACCAGGCCACAGUAGGAUGAUAGUAGGUUACAUCUUGUAGAAAGCAUUUUCUCUUUUUUCAUAAAGGGUGCAUAUCCACAAGAACAUUUUUUUUGUUUUUUUGUUUUAUCUGUUUUCCUUCAAUGCAGAAGUAGCCAUGCCGAAGCCUUGUGACUUGCAAAUCAACAUUGAUGGUCAGCAGAUAUUCUUUUUGAAAGAGAAGGUUAUAUCAAAAUACUGUGGGGGGUUGAAGAAAGUCUUGAAUCACCAAAAGAGAAGAUGUCAAGUGAAGCAGUUGGGGAUUAGGAUCAAUGAUUUCCCUGGAGGACCAGAAGGGUUUGAGCUAGUUUCAAGGUUUUGUUACAACAAUGGCAAAAUCCAAAUCACUGUAGCUAAUGUGUCUCUCCUCCACUGUUGUGCUGUUUAUCUUGGAAUGACUGAGGAGGUAUUCAGCAACAAUCUCUUGCAACAAACAGAAACUUUUCUUGAGGGAAUCUAUUACUGGAAAUGGAGUGACAUACAAGCAAGUCUCAAGAGUUGCCAGUUGUUUUAUGCAUAUGUAGAUGGCUAUGGUCUAUUGGAGAAGAUCAUUUGUGCCUUGGCAAAGAUUGUCCAGAAUUCAGAUGCAAACUUCGUCACUUCCUCACCUUCAUGUUCAUCAUCAUCAACUUCACCAGAAAGCAAUUCUGCUAAGAGAUUCUCUUUUGCAUCCAAAGCCACCCCAGAAAAAAUAAAGUCAACUUUGUCACGCAAGGCAUGGUGGUUUGAUGAUUUGGAAACUUUACCACCAAAGAUCAUUGAGAAACUCUUCCAGACUAUUGGAGCAUACAAAGCUGAUAACAAAGAUUUAGUCCUCACAAGGUUUCUGUUACAUUAUCUGAAAAUAGCUACUCAAACCGGAGUGGUUAAUUGCAGUAACAGCAAUGAGUAUGCUGCUCUUGCAGAAACAGCUGCUUAUGGAGUCAUAUUUGUUGGAAGAAUGAACUUUUCUUGCAGAGGCCUUUUUUGGGUACUAAGGAUUGUAUCAAAGUUUGGGUUGAGUAGAGGCUGCAGAACUGAAUUGGAGAAAUUGAUUGGUGGGAUGCUUGAGCAAGCUACACUAGAUGAUCUUCUAGUCUCUGGUCAUGACAUAGGAGUUUAUUAUGAUGUUAAUUUGGUGAUAAGAUUGGUUAGACUAUUUGUUGAUAUUAAUGGUUCUGAUGGAGUGUCUUUAGAGAAACUGAAAAAGGUUGGUAGGUUAGUUGACAAGUAUUUGAGAGAGAUAUCCCCUGACCAGAACCUCAAGAUCUCUAAAUUUCUUGGAGUAGCAGAAUGCUUACCAGACUCUGCAAGGGAUUGUUAUGAUGGAGUCUACAAGGCCAUUGACAUCUAUAUUGAGUCUCACCCAAUUAUCACAUUUGAAGAAAGAUCGAGACUGUGUAGAUGUCUUAAUUACAGCAAACUCAGCUUUGAAGCUAGUAAGGAUCUGGCCAAGAACCCCAGAAUACCUCCAAGGGUUGCAAUGCAGGCUCUCAUUUCUCAACAAUCAAAAAUCCCAACGAGUGACUUUGUAACCGAGAGUCCAAGAAUGAAGCCUUCCCAAAUAGUUUUGUACAAUGAAACCAACAAAGAUAGCUUCUCCCAAGAGAAGAAAGAUAUGAGACUAAACCUGGAGAGAAUGCAAUGGGGAGUGAUAGAAUUGGAGAAAUUACACAAAAUGAACGGUCAAGUGUCAAAGUUGUUGACUCAUCAUGUCUCGCUUAAUCCUGCACGUGCUUCAUCAUCACCAAGAUUUUGUUGAUAAGAUCUGGUGCACCUGUUUUACUACUGUCCAAGAUAUUAUGGCAUUUCUGGAAAUGUAUAAAGCUGUAAUUGUAAUUUUAUUUUAUAUUUGCUUUAGAAUUUCAACGUGAUAGUUGGAGUCAAAUAGUAAAGAUUUCUUCAUUAUGGCAACACCUGAAGUUGCCUACAUAAA